AAUGCCCUCGGGACAGGGCUGGGCACAUUCCAGAGGCUCGGGAGGAGCCGCGGUUGCCGCUGGAAACGGGAAUUGCCCAACAACGCUGACUCAACCCGGGCGUGGCUACCGAACUUUUUCUUUUCCCGAGUUUUUUUUUUUCUGCUUUUUCCGGAUCUCACAAUUCCAAUCCAGAGAGGAGCUCAGCCAUGCCCACGGAGACGGAGCGCUGCAUCGAGUCGCUGCUGGCCGUGUUCCAGCGCUACGCCGGCCGCGAGGGAAGCGCCUGCACCCUGUCCAAGCGGGAAUUCCGCGCCUUCAUGGACACCGAGCUGGCCGCCUUCACCAAGAACCAGAAGGACCCGGGCGUGGUGGACAGGAUGAUGAAGAAGUUGGACAUGAACAGCGACGGGCAGUUGGAUUUCCAGGAAUUCCUGAACCUCAUCGGGGGCAUCGCCGUGGCCUGCCACGACUCCCUGAUCCUCAAAUCCCCCAAUCCAUAAAUCCAGAGGCUCCACAUCCAUCCCAGGUCCCCCCGGGACAUCCCAUGGAAUGCUGGAAGUGAUGGAAUGGUCGCAUUCCCCUUUUUUCAUUUUUUUCCCCCCACUGCUUUUUAUGGAUAAAUAAAAGGUUUAAAAUACC